AUGUCUUCCGAAACAUAUCAUACGGCAAAGGAUUCUUUUUUCGUUAAUUCUAGUGAACAUAUUCAAAUUGAAGUUUUGCAUUAUCCUCCUAUUAAUAAAACUCAGAAUUAUCCACCAAUUUUAUUCAUCCAUGGAGGUUUUCUUGCGGCUUGGUCUUGGGAUGAUUUUUCUCAUUGGUUUUCGGAUAAAGGAUUUGAUUGUUAUGCAAUGAGUUUUCGAGGACAUGGACAAAGUACGAAGACUCCUAAUAAGGACAAAUGGUGGUCAUUAAAUGAAAUUACACAAGAUAUCUCAGCUGUAACUGAUGAAAUUAUUGCUAGAACAAAAGUUAAUCCUAUCCUUGUUGGACAUUCAUUUGGAGGAGCGUUGCUUCAAAAUUAUCUUGAAGAUAAUCACCAGAAAGUAUCUGGAGGGGUUUUGUUGGCAUCACCGUCGCCUUAUUUACACAAAACAAGCUUCUUUAAAGUCAUUUCAAACAUCAUUUCAAGUCACCAAAUCUUCCCAUACCUUAAAGCAAUUAUCACAUCAAAUCCGUAUGCCACGAUCGAAACUCCCGAAUUAAUGAAAAAACUCUUAUUUUCUUCAGCGUAUCCCGAUUCCAUGGCUAGAGAAAUUCACCCAAGAUUAGAAAAAUUUGGGUUUCUCUCGGGAUUUUUGGAACUAACAAAACCAUUUGUUGACCCUUCAAAAAUCAAAUGUCCUAUGAUUGUAAUUGGCGCCGAAGAGGAAAAUGCAUCCUUUGAUAAUGUAAAAGUGUUAUCAGAAACUGCCAAAGUUUAUGGCGUCGGAUAUGAUAUCGUUGGAGCUGCUGGUCAUGAAAUUAUGUUGGACCUUACAUGGGAAGAUGCUGCUAAAAUUGUCUUUGAUAGAAUCCAAGAAAGAAUUAUCAACAAAUGA